AUGGACAUUUGGCUUCAGGUUAGUAAAUCUGAUGGAUAUCUAGCUAGAAUGCAGAUUGAACCCAACCUCAUAUCCCGGAUCAAAGAAGCACAAAAGCAAGAUGGAGAACUUUGGGCAAUUGUGCAAAAUCUAGAGGUGGGUAAGCAAUCUGAAUUUAGUAUAGAUCAUCAGGGGGUGAUUUGGUGCGGCAAAAGACUUUGUGUACCCGAUGACUCCACCCUUCGUGAGUCAUUGUUAGCCGAAGCUCACAGCUCACCAUUUUCGAUUCACCCAGGAUCUACCAAGAUGUAUAGAGAUUUAAGACAGAACUUCUGGUGGAAUGGCAUGAAAGAAGACGUUGCUCGAUACUUAGAUACAGGAUUUAUAGAUGAGAAAGUCGAACCUUUUGUCACCGGAGACAUCGAGACAGAUGACGACGGAGAGGACGCCGGAUCAGAGAGGGUCGAUGUCGCAGGGAAGAGGGAGCGGCGCUGA